AUGUCAAAUGAAGCAACUCUCUCCGCAAUAAAAAAAUUCACAAGCAAAUAUGAAGAAAUAUUGUUUUAUACAGAUGGAGAAAUCUUCACAACUAAGGAAAAAUACGUUCCUUGCACUGCUGUUGUUUCGACAUCAAUUAUUUACGUAUUUAAGUACCAUUUUGGCGGAAAAAUGAAUUUAAAGCAGAGAGUUUCCAUUCAUGAUCUUAAAGAAAUCAGGUAUUUAACAAGUUUAGCUCGUUUAUUUGUUACUGAAGACACCUCUUUCAAUAUUCAACUUGAAAAGAUCCAGGAGUUCGAAACAAGUAUCAUGGUUGCCAUGAACAAGUUUAAUUACUCUUCAAAUUGCCCAUUAAUAAUUCAAUUCACAGGAUAUCCCGAUGAACCACCGAAAGCACCUCAAUUACAACAGCGCCCAGAGAACUUAAUACUUUCCCGUUAUCAUACAUUAAUAACAAGGUUCACAGGACAGUCACAUUUAGCUUUAAAGAAUACUUACUUAUUCUUUGAGUCAACAUACCGCACAUCGAUCACUUUUGACGAUAAAAUUAGUGAUCCCGAGUAUACAGAGUACAUUUCGGUACCAAUUGCUCAUGAAUCUUUAUUACGCUAUUUAAACUUCAAUAACUUCGCAACAAAUGGCAUAAACUUCAUUCUUCGUGAUAUUAUAUACGGUACGAAGUCAAUUACAACGAUUACUUUGAGAAAUUACGCAUCAAAAUUAAAUCCAACGGUAAUUGAAUUCUCUAAGUCAUCAAAUCCAUCAAUUAUAGCAUGGACAUUCGAGAAUUGCUUCGAAAACGCUAACGAUUUCCUCGAAUUCUUUGAAUCUUUUUCUCAAUAUCAAGGAACUAUCCAAUGCCUUACAAUUCGUAAUGUAUCCCUUACUACUGGCGUUAUCAGAGCAUUUGGCAACUUAUUGAAGUCAUCACGAUGCUUUGUAGACAUGGAAUCCUUGAUUUUAGAUAACAUUUCAUGUGGAGCAUCGAAUGGUUUAGAAAUAUUCAAUACAAUCGACCAAGCGGCCAAGUUUCUCACAAAACUUACGAAUUUUUCAUGUUCUGGGUGGGAAUCUACGAUAGUUCAGCCCAGAAUCACUUUAGGAUCGCCUUACGAGAUCACUGCAUGCCAAGGAUUGCGUCACAUCGCAUUAACUCAUUCUUCAUUUGCAGAAAGUGAAGGAUUUUUGCAAUUUCCUCCAAAUCUUUGCGAAAUCGACGUAAGUUACUGCGUUUUCUCAUCGGCAUCACUAAUAGCGUUCAUAAGAUCAAUUAAAGAGUUCGGAAAGAACUUAACUGUCAAUUUAACUGCGAUUCAAAUGAAAACUACAGAAUGGCAAGCUUUUUAUCGCGAUUGCUCAACAUUGAUAGGCAUAAACAACAUCAUAGAACUUAAUUACAGCAGUAACCAGUUUCCUCAGGACUUUGAGAAGGUUUUUUGCCAAAUUUUUGUAACUCCAACACUUAAAUUCAUAAAUUUAUCAGACAUUUUCACUCCAGAGAGCAUAUCUAAGCUAUUCUACAUCAUUGAUCAGCUCGCACAGAUCGAUUUGUACGGAAUUACGAUUGAUGGAACUGAUCAACACAGAUUAGGAGAUUCUUUAGUAGAUUUAGUUCUCAAUCUGCGUAAAAUAAAGAGCUUAGAGUUCCUUGCUAUCUCAAACCACUUAGUUUCCGACCAAGCAACAGUAAAUCUUUAUAAACAUCUCCCUGCCCUCAAAAUGAUCCACGAAUUGACGGUAGAUGGUACAGAAAAUCUCGGAAGAGUCAAUUUCUUUGGUUUCUACAAGAGAAUUUGGAUGCCGAAGAAUAUUUUGUCAAUUGGAUUUCCAAUUAUCGACUACAAGCGUUUGUUUUCGAAGAAAGAGGCUAUCGUUCAAGAGUUUGGAUCAGAGAGGUGCCAAGCAUGGUGGGAAGUCAUGUUUUCGAAGCAAAAUGUCUCAAAUUCUUUCAUAAGAUCCGAAUUUUACAGAAGGAACUUGAAAUUUGUCGAAUUCGCAAAGUUCCUUGUUUCAUUCCCUAUUCCACUCCGCUUCCCAAGAGCCGACAACCACUUCUUCCACUUCAAUUGGCCUGAAUCCGCCAUGAAUCAAAAGUCACUUUUUGACGAAGAAUUUCUUGAAACAGACUCUUUCGUUACACGUCAAAUUGCAUCGAUGACGACUGUUUUCCAGCCUCCGAAAUUCGAAGGACCGUCGGAAAUCACGAUUCCUCUGAUUUUGAGAAGAUAUUUCGGAACAGAGCAAUUCAAUGUAAAGAGAAACAUCGUGGAGAUCAAAGAAGACCACUCCGAACUAAUCAGAGAGGACUUUAUCAAGUCUCAUUACGAUAUGAUCAACGUAAACAUGGCUUCUCUUCUAAUUGACGUCGACAGGAUCUGUGACAUGCUCGAACAACUUGCAGAAGAGGAAACAGACCUCACAUGUAAGGUAGAAGAUGAAAAACCGCCGGAAAUCAUCAAUCAAGCUGAAUUAAAUUUCUUCAGGAACGAACUUAGAGCUCUACAGAAGGACACAAUGUACGAUGAUUCGCUUCAAACUCGUACAAGACGUGGAACUUUCGUUAUUUCUCAUAAUCAAAUGGAAACUCAGAGUAAAAAGAUGGUUUCCAUCAAGAAUGUCACUAGACGAGAGAUGAAGAAGUCUAUGUCAAUUGCUUUGAAUGAAGAUUACGUCGCUUUGCUGAAUCAAAUUCAAAAAGAUGGCGUAAUCGUGAAAGAUUUGGAACAAAUGACAUUGGCAAGACUCAGAAACAUUGCUUACUACGAUAACAAGAUAGACAAGCAACAAGAUGAGUCCCUAACGAUGCCAAGACCUUAUCCUGUUUCAGAUUUCACUCUUGAUGAGUCAAUUCAAGCAGCUGUUGACGGGAAAAGAGUCCCUGAUUCAGAGAAUGACAAAUUCUCAAUGACACUGGACGAAGUUCAGACAGAAAACAAGUUUGCGGAAGAUGAUCUCGAAAUUCAGGCCAAAGCUUUCUCUGUUGAGGCCAAAUCGAAGAAUAUUUUCUUCCAGCGCAAGGGAUCUUUCAUCCUUCCGCCGAUGAAUCCAAUGGAAGACUCAAAUUUGAUGUCAUCUCCACUGAUAAUGCCAACAAUCGAUGGACAAAGUCCAAAUGGAAGCGUCUCUACCUUCGAAUUGCCCGAAUCUCCUCCGGAAUCACCAGAAAAAGAACAAAGAUCUCCAAUUUUCAUUAUAAAGCCAACAAUUCCAAGCAGUACGCCCGUACAAACGAAUUUUCCAGAGAACCAGCCAGUUCUUCCACCUCCAAUUCCAAUUUCGACAAAAAUACCAAACAAUCAAAGUCCGAAUCCGCCUCAAAUUCGGCCACCUCCUGUUAUUUCUUUCGCUCCUCCAAAUAUUCCACCUAUUAUUCGUCCAAAAGUUGCUAAUUCCGAAUCAGAUGAUAACAGUGAGGACUUUUCCAUGCCUCCGAUCGGCCAAAAUACUCCUCCUCUUGUUACUCCACCCCAUAUCAACAUUCCUGUCAUUAAUCCUAUCUCUAUUCCUCCUCCAAAGAUACCAGAACAGAAACCAAUUAGUUCACAGUCAUCGGAAGACGAAGGAGACUUCUCAAUGCCACAAAUUGUGUCCUCUCCUACAAAAAUUGUCAUUCCUCCGCCACCUCCUCCAUCAAAUCCAGAAAAUCCAAAUUCAAUUAACGCUUUUGACCGACCAGACUUCGUUCUACCACCUAAUCUAUCAAGUAGUUUCAAUGUAUCUGAUCAGGGCUACCAACAACCAUCUCCUCCAGUUAUUAAACCAAAUCAAGUUCCGACGAAGGUGGUGGACAGUUUGGCACCGACUGUUCCUCACUCAUCACAGCCGGUUAAACCAAUUUUCAUCCCACCAAAUAUUUCUCCACCUCAAUAUCAAAAUAAUUCUGGCCAAAAUUCUCCAAAACCUCCAACCAUUACUCCCCCACCUGUGAUAACACCACCAAUUGUUCCACAGAACCAGCCGUUGGAUUCUUUGAUGCCUGGACCUGCAUUAAAAACUCCUGUCAUCAUCCCUCAGUCGAAAUCUCCUCCUCCUGUUAUUUCUCCACCAUCUCCAACUAAACCAUUGGAUUCUCUGAUGCCAGGAGUCGUAAUUCCACCGAAAUUACCUGUAAUUGUGCCUCCGCCACCUCAAAAACAGCCAGAUGAUGAAAGCCCAUACGAAUUACCACCAAGUUUGGCAAGCAACUUAGAUAUCAAGGAUAAAUAUGUUCCAAAUAUUCAAAAUCUGAAUUUACCACCUCCAGAACCAGUUGCGCCUGUUAUAAUUCCUCGUAAAAUGGAAUCAACUGAAUAUUCUUCAUCGUAUUAUUCUGAUUAUUCUGAUUCUGGACCAAUUGAGAUGCCAAAUCUUCCUCCACCACUAAAAGAGUCACUUAGCAAAGAUAGUAUUCCUAUUCCACCUCCAACUGAAGAGCCUCCAGCCGUUAUUUCUCCUCCAAAUGAAGAAAAAGAGCUGACAACUGAAAUUCCUCUUCCUCCUCCAAUAGAAGAGUUACCUCAAUCGAAAUCUGGCGAAUACUACUCUAGUUAUUACUCAGAAACAACUCAAGAAGAUGAGGGAAACAACGAAGACUUGUAUGAAUCGAAAUUGUCUUUCCUUCCUGGAGUUUCUCAGCCACUAAUUGAAGAAGUAGAGAAUCCGAAACCGAAAAAAGAAGAAAAGAAGAUCUCACCUCCAAAUCCGAGAUUAUUCGACUCGUUAAUGCCACAAACUCCUCCUCACAUCGACCAGAAACCAUUCCAAAGACCUGUUUCUGUUUCUCCUACGCCGCCUACAAUUGUCUCUCCUCCAUCUAUUUCUCCACCUGUCAUUGUUCCUCCGACCAUUCCAACUGUUGGAGUGCGACCUGUCGUAGUUCCUCCAUCGAUUGCAAAACCGAACAUUCCACAACCAUUUGUGCCUCCUGUCAUCAACAAACCAAACAUACCUUCGCCUUCUGUGCCUCAGCUUAACUCAGAGAGAUUCUCUGUGCCAACAAUACCUAAGAAAGAUUAG